AUGCCCGCCUCACGCACCAAACCCAGACGCAAGAGAGUCGACGACAGCCCAGUCUCGACUCACUCGAGCAUGAGCUCUACUAGUCGCUCGACUAGCGUGAACUCAACUCGCGGAAGCAUGGGUCCUCCCACGUCUCGACCUACAAGGAAACCGUCUGCGUCUGUCUCCGCUUCUGCUACAGCACUGACCCAGAGAAGCGGCGGACAGAGCCGAAACUUCGCCCAGACCGAGAAGGCAGGAGGGCACAGAACUACCAAGGUCGCGGAUGUCGCGGAAAGCCAGACUGAGAGUGUCUCGUCGCGAGCAAAGCGCGACAAGGAUACCAAAGACACCAGGAUGUCAUCAGCCGCCAAGGAUCACAUCACAGAGAUCGGAGGGCUCAUGGGUGUAUCGAUGUCGAUACUUGAUAAGGAGGGUGAAUGGCUCCGCUCUUACGCUGAUAAGCUCAUUCAGCUGGACGAGCUCUUCGAUCCGAUGCCACCACAGAUCGCCACUUUCCUCGACUGUACCAGCAAGAAGAAGUCCAAGCGCAGGGAGAGGGUCGUCGAGUGUCUCAGGUCUCUGGUCGAGAUGCGUGAGAAGUGGAUCACGGAGUCCGAUGUCGCCAAGAAGGGGUCGCGACUUCUCGCGGGAGGCGAGAGCACACCUAUCGAGAUCGAUUGA